AUGGUUCAGACUUCCACAAUCGUCGCUGCCAGUGUUGGCACAGUUGCUACAGGAUUGGUCGCCUACGCAAUUUAUUUCGACCAUAAGAGACGCACCGAUCCAAACUUUCGCAAACAAUUGAAGAAAGAAUCGAAACGACAAGCAAAAGCCGCGAAGGAGGAAGCGGAAGCUCACAAUGAGAGACAAAAAGAAGUUAUCAAGGCAGUGGUUGUAGAGGCCAAGGAAGAUGGGUUCCCCGUAGACGUAGAGGAGAAGGAGGCAUAUUUCAUGUCAGAGGUUGCUAGAGGAGAAGGCUUAAGCUCAGAGGGUGGCGACCCCAUAGAAGCAGCACUUUGUUUUUACAAGGCACUCAAAGUUUAUCCUCAACCAAAUGAUUUAAUAUCUAUCUACGACAAGACAGUGCCAAAGCCGGUCCUCGAUAUUCUUGCAGAAAUGAUUGCAGCGGAUGCAGCUUUAGAUGUUGGACCUUUUGGCGGCAGUGGUUCGGAUAGUGGAAUUCCUGGCGUUGGCCUUGAUUGA